AUGGUAAUUUGUAUCACAUCAAAAUUUAAUCAUUAUUGUGUCCGUAUUGUUCUUGUUCACUAUACUAUUACUACUACUACUACUACUACUACUACUACUACUACUACUACUACUACUACUACUACUACUACUACUACUACUACUACUACUACUACUACUACUACUACUACUACUACUACUACUACUACUACUACUACUACUACUACUACUACUACUACUACUACUACUACUACUACUACUACUACUACUACUACUACUACUACUACUACUACUACUACUACUACUACUACUACUACUACUACUACUACUACUACUACUACUACUACUACUACUACUACUACUACUACUACUACUACUACUACUACUACUACUACUACUACUACUACUACUACUACUACUACUACUACUACUACUACUACUACUGCUACUACUACUACUACUACUACUACUACUACUACUACUACUACUACUACUACUACUACUACUACUACUACUACUACUACUACUACUACUACUACUACUACUACUACUACUAGUAGUAGUAGUAGUAGUAGUAAUAAUAAUAAUAAUAAUAAUAAUAAUAACAAUACAAUACCAUGUAGAUAUUACCUGUUAAUGUGA